UUUGGAGCUGGCUGGAAUGCAUCAGUGAUCGGUGAGCCGAGUUAGCAGCCAGACGCAUCCAAUCCUCUUCAGUCUAGCAAACAAGCAAGCACCAGCAACAUGAAAACCGUGAUCUUUGUGCUCGCCGCCUUGGUGGCCGUCAAUGCCCAGAAUUGCUCAAGGGUUAUAACGUACGAGCAGAAAAUCGAUCCCGUCGUCUGUCCAGAUACAAAUAUGAAGCUGCCGAACUAUGAGAAUGCCUCGACCUACUACUAUUGCAACUCUAAUAAGGACGCCACCCUGACGAAUUGCGACGCCAACACCUAUUUCAACAUGGCGACGCAGACUUGCAUGACCUGCUCUGCCUACUUCCCAAGCGAAAAGUGCGAAAGCUUAAAAUUCAAUCCCUCUUGUGUGGCCAUCGCAGCCGUCACCACCGUUGCCCCCACUACGACCACCACCGCUGCUCCCACCGCUGCCCCCACCACCACCACCACUGAGGCACCUGGCGAGUCCACGACCACCACCUCAGGGGUGCCCCAGCCACCCACUGAUUCUCCUGCCACCCAAACCACCACCACCGUUUCCGACGACGACGACAUCAUCACCCCCACGGGCACCACCCAGGCCGUGCCCCAGCCCCCCUCCCCUGGCGACAGCAAUGUCCCCACUCCUGUGACUCCCCCGCCCACUGCCCCGACCAUCAACGAUGGUCCUCCAACGGCGCCCUCCGCAAUCGUGGCUUAAAAACCUGAGACGAACCCGUUCAAAAUCCCUAAACUUUCGGCUGAAUAAAGUGUGAACGCACACUAACGAUGGAAUAGAAUUUUUUGGAAACAUUUUCAAACAGCCCAAAAAUAUAUACUUUUUAAAAUUGAUCCCAUAA